AUGCGCAACGAUGCGACCGAAGAGGCUGCUCUCGGCCUGCUGGGUCUCGGAAUCACUUCCGCCUUUGACUCUGUCUCGACCGUCCCGCUCAAGCGCAAACAAUCUUCGUCUUCGUCUACUCAUCUGCCAGAAGAAAGAAACUCUACCGCUAGCUCAGACUCUAUAAACUGCAUUUGCGGCUUUACCUACGACGACGGCUUCUCUAUCGGCUGUGAUUCUUGCUCGCGCUGGUGCCAUGCUGCUUGUUUUGGGAUCGUCGAGUCAGAGGUCCCCGAGGAGUGGCAGUGUUGGGUCUGCAGUCCAAGACAUACCGACCGAGAACGCGCCGUCCGCGUUCAGAAGGCUCGUCAGAAGGCUGCUCUUCAACACGAAGCCGAGCGACAACGGCGUCGAGUGAGCCCAGGCGUCGAUAGGAAGGGCCGUCGCGCCAGUGCUGCUGCCAUCGAGGGCAGUGGCUCCCACAAACGCAAGAGGAGGCUCUCUAUCAACGUCCAGCCAUCUGUGGAGGACGAGGUGGUCGACAUCGACGAGCCAUGGACUCACAGUUACGUGCACAUCGACAAGGACAUCGUCCCUCACGACGAAACCCGCGAUAAGCUGCGCCGCGUCGCAACCCAGUGGAGAGGCGUGAUGGCCAUCGACUCUGAUGCGAGCUCGUCUGCGUCUCCUAGCACCACUCCCGCUGUCUUGGGCACAGACACACUACUCUCAGCAUCACAGAUACAACUCCAGCCGCUCAACAAGGCCGCCAUGCAACCAGCGUUUUCCGCCAGCUUCGACCCGUCUGUCUUGCCGCCUUCGUAUGCUGUUCACGCCGCUCGUGCUAUCCCCUCGGCAGGGUACAUUACCCCAUACACAUCUACCAUCACCCCAUCGACGUCUUAUCUCUCAGACCCGUUGAAUGCAUAUGCACACCUCAGCAUACCGAAACCAUUUGUGCAUCUUAUUGGCCCGCCACUCGAUGUUGCUCUCGACGCGCGACUUGCGGGGAACACUGGCCGCUUCGUUCGUAAUGGGUGUCGACCAAACUCUGUGCUUCGUCCAGUGCUAUGUCACCGCAAGAAGUCUGCCGCCGCCAAGUCCCUCCAUGACGGUGGUGUAGAUAAUGACGACACGCUUACAUUCGGAAUAUUCGCCCUUCGUGACCUCAAGGCCCAUGAAGAGGUCGUCCUGGGCUGGGAAUGGGAUGACGGGAGUGUGGUGCAUCACCUACCGGCGCUGAUUGAUAGUCCGCAUAUGUUCCCGUACGUGCCAUACGUCUCCGCCUUCCUUCUCUCCGUUUGUUCGGUUCUAAUAGUGUGCACGCGUUCUCAUAGCCCGCACCAACUACGCCACUUCCGUCACCAGCUGAUGUCGAUGUUGCAUGCACUUUCCUCGACGUUUACCACAUGUGCGUGCGGGUCGAAAACGAAGGACUGCGCCUUAACACGUAUGGCGGAAUUUGUUGACAGCGGGACACCACCAACCCCAUCUCCUUCGCCACCCUCUACUCAUACAUGGGAACCUUUUGGGGAGAGCCAUCGGAAGAAUGCAGAGUGUGCAGAAGAGCGGGACCGUGCGUCUGAGGGGCUCGCAAGACGGAAAACAGACCUAGGACCCUUGGUAGGCGUCGAGCGCGGUUUUCGCGUAAAGGAGAGAGUGCCUUCCUCUGGGGGCAUGACCGGUGUUGAGCUGAUUCCUUCAGCUCGCCACGCACAUCUUCCGACUGAACCUGAGCCACAGGCAUCAGGAUCUUUCGCCGCGAUAGUAAGCGAGCGACCAAGGUCGACGUCAAUGCGGCGCGUUGUCUCCACAUCGGCGUUGAAGGGCAAACCCCCAGUUCGCUCCCAGCCAACGCAAACAAGCGACCGCAAAGGCAAGGCAAAAGUAACGGACGAAGAUCUACCAUCCAUCGAUAUCUCUGCGUCUCGCUCCGCGAUGGAUGUCGAUGACCCUGAAGAAAGAUUACCACCGAAGCUACGGAAACGCUGGAUACAUAAGAGUUACGAGACGCUGCGGGACAAUUAUCGACGCGAGACGACUCCCCCAUCAGCGGUUGUGUUUUCCGAUGAGAGGCCAAGUGACCGCAUUGAUACUGACCAGGGCAAGGAUGGCAUGGACAUUGAUCGGUCCACGUUCGAUCCCAAGGAGAUGCCCCCACCUCCUUUGCCCAGUUCACGUAGUAAUCCCGCCUCAGCACCACUCUCUCUGCAUCUACCUGGCAAUGGCGCGUCUGAUGCGUCGAUGUCUCCUUCGAUUCCUUUCGCUAACUUAACGCUCCUUUCGCCUGCCCUUUCGAAUCCUUCAACCUAUUUUGCACGUCGUCGAUCAGUGUCUCCGUCCGUACCCCGCAACCCGUCUCCUGUAUCUUUAGUGACUCAACCGAAUGCCCACAAGGAGAUGAGGGAUUCGGAGCCAAGCUCGGAACUUCCUGCCGUUGAAUCACGCCGUAUCUCACCCACUCCCGUAGUUCAUGAUGUGCAAGAGCCUGCACCUGGACCACUAUCCAUUUCCGCCACCCCGGACUCUUCUGGGUUGAUAUCAGAGAAUCACGCUGACCAGCUUAUUGAUGGUAUCGCCUUCACUCACGUCCAUGCAUCCAGCGUUGGUAGUUUGACUAUGCGCGAUGACAAACCUUCCCAGCAGCACGAAGUGCCAAUUUUAGACCAGAGCCUGAAAACACCGAAUAACGCCCCAUCUACUGAACGUUUGCCCGAGUCAGACCAGACUCCAUUCCUUCCUCUGCCUCCGCCUCCACCUCCGCCUUCUAAAGUCAAGAUGUCUCUCAAAGACUUCGCAAUGCGGAAAAAGAAGAAGAAGGAGGAAGAGCUGAUGAAGGCACAGACAUCGCCGCCUGCUAUCUCGCUUUCGCUCGAUGGAGUGUCGCUGUCGCCGGAGAUCACUAAUGAGCCUCUUCAUCCAAAUUUACAUUCCAUGCCAGAUUACGUACCAGCGAUCGAGUCCAUUCCGCCUUCAGAUCAACCCGGCUCUGCUCGAGCAGCGCCUGAUCGAUCUCCAACUGUGGAGGAGCGACGUCUCGAACUGGAUGGAAAUCUGUCUGCUUCGGAUUCACUACAAGCUAAGAUUGAAAUGGUCGAAGUACAAGUUUUGCCAUCAGAUAUCCCUCAAGUAUCAGAGUCUAUCAAGUCCAUUGAGGCGAACGAACCAGCUUUCUCUAGUUCUAAACGCAUGGAACCUUUCACGAGGCGUAGCGGGACACCUGAGCCUCAACUCAGAGCAACAGGGCUUUCCGAUCCAGCACGCCGCCGUUCAUCCAGCUUCAGGCACUCUCGAUCACCGUCGCACGACCGCACUUCUACGUCAUCAUCGCAAGAGCCGCGACAACAAGCCUCGCAAGAAGACGGCGAGAUACUCUCCCCGCCCCUUCAACCGUCUCCGCCUGCGCGCCACCUCUCCUCGCGCUGGUGCGCACCGCCACCAACGCAUCCUAGAUCGUUCUCUGACCGCCCGUCUCGCCUGCCGUCCAACUACCCACCGUUCGCGCUGCGCCCACCGCCACCACAUACUUCGUUGCGGGAUCGAUCCCUACCCGAUAGAGGGUUACCAAUCGGCCCACGGGCGCUGCGGGCGGCAAGCAGUCAGUAUGUACCGCCGCCCCCGCCGCGUCUUAUUCUGCGGCCUGCAAUCGCCCGUGGACCCUCUGUGGAUCGCGAUCGGCCGGCACCAGACUGGGAAAGGUGGAGAAGCAGUCGGGAGCCGGGCCCAGGACGGGGAUGGCGAUGA